AUGUCGAAUGUGUCCAGCUCUGUUGAUGCACCGAACAAUAGCUCUGAUGAUGCACUGAACAAUUCCAUUAAUACCAAUGUUGUUGAUGAAGAAGAGCCACAUAUACAAGAUUUUCAGGAAUCGGUUCGUAGUACUUAUUAUCAUUCACCGAAUGGCACUAGAUAUUGGAUACCCAAUGUAUUGGAAGCGUAUAAACCUGUUUUGGGUACGGUAUUUGCUAAAGAGGAAGAUGCAAUUUCCAUGUAUCAGUCAUAUGCUGAGAAAGUUGGGUUUGAUAUUAGGUUGUCGACAACUAAGAAAUCAAAAGAUGGUACUGUUAGACUUAGGUAUGUUCUUUGUAGUAGAUCGGGAAAGCCCAAUUGCCAAAAUGUUGAUUCAAUGCUUUUGAAGUCAUCUUCCAAGUUGCCUCGUAGCAGUAAUUACAAGGUUUCAGACUGUAAAGCUAAAAUAAAGGUUAAUGUUUUCAAUGGUUAUCCUGGUUUACGGUUAUAUGAAUUUGUUGAGUCUCAUAAUCACCCGUUAGUUUCAAUUGAGAACAUGGAUUUGACGCGCAAGAGGCGGCAACUGGAAUUUAGCGACCAAGAUUUCAUUCAUAGGCUAAGUUUAGCUAAAGUUGGCCCGUCAACUGCCUUUAAGAUGUAUAAUAUGAUUUUUGUUCCUUUUACGGGGGUUGAUCACCAUAAGAAUUGCGUAACAUUUGCGGCUGCUCUUCUUUAUGAUGAAACUAUUGAGUCGUUCACAUGGAUGUUGGAACAAUUUCUUGAAGCACAUGGUAAACAACCGAGGCUAGUGUUAACCGACCAAGACCCGGCAAUGAAACAAGCCAUAGCUAAAGUUUUCAAUGAAUCUGUCCAUCGUCUAUGUAUGUGGCAUAUUAUGGAUAAACAUCCUCAUAAGAUUGAUGGUGAUGUGUUACAGAAUACCAACUUGAGGGUACGUAUACAUAAGUUGGUCUGGAAUGUUUUUAUCGCUCCUGCCACGUUUGAGAAGCGAUGGGAGUUAUUGACAAAUGAUUGCAACUUACAGCGUCACAAGUGGUUGUUUGACAUGUUUUCUAUUAGAGAUCAGUGGGUCCCAGUUUAUGUUGUGUUUUGA